UGUCGCGCGCUCUGUGAAAGUUUCGCGCCCGACGCCGUCAGCACGUGCGUCCCGACGUCUUCGCCGCCGCCGCAGUGCACGUGCCCCCGAUAUGGUGGUGGAGUUACAGUGCGCAUGAGAGGGAGAAAGAGGAUAGGAUCAGAGAGGCAACAUGACGAUUUGGAGGUUAAGGUUGCUUUUGCUACCGUCCAUAUGGAUUUUUCUGUCUCCUACUCUUGGGGAAGAUGAGUUUGCGUUACCGCCAUCAUUUGCACAAGGAGAAAGUCCUGGAGUUUUCGACUAUAACCUCCUGGAUGCUGUUAAGAUUCCGCUCCAGGAUCCCAAAACUCAGUACGUGGCCGACAGCGAGGACGGUUUCCCCGCCUUCGGCUUCAAGGCCGGUUCAGAUGUGAAAAUGGCCCGCAGACAGAUCCUGCCCGACGUUUUAAGUCCGGAGUUUGCCGUGCUGAUCAGCGCCAAACCCAGGACGAAGCGGGGAGGCUUUGUUUUUGCGGUGGUCAAUCCGCUGGACACUGUCGUCGAACUAGGUGUUCGAAUAGGACCAGAGAAUGGAACAUUUACAGUAUUAUCCCUAUUCUACACUGACUACGUUGCAGAGGUAAACUCUCAGAUUAUAGCCAAUUUUACAGUGCCAAAGUUCACCAACAAAUGGACGAAGUUCGCGUUCAGAGUCACUCUGGAAAAUAUAACUUUAUUUUUUAAUUGUACCGAAGCAGACACGGUAUCGGUGCAGAGGAAGCCAUUAGAGUUAGUGUUUGAUUCUGCCUCGACACUAUAUUUGGCACAAGCUGGGCCGAUAAUAGGGGAACCAUAUGAGGGCGCCCUGGCACAUGUCAAAAUAUACAGAGACCCAGGCAGGGCCGCUGAACAGUGCAAAACGGAAUUUCAGGAUGUAGUGUUCAGUGAUGAGGAAAUCAAAAAUUACUUAGAAAGAAACGAUAUUGAACAUGACUAUGAGGACGAUAUUAGUAAUGAUAUAGUUGACAAUGUCGAACGAACGGAUUAUCCGCCCUUUCGAGAGGAGGACAGCGACGGUUUAGGGGUGUUUCCACCCCCGCCCCCACCCCCGGACGGUAAGAACUGCUUCUGUGGUACUAAAGAAAACUGUUGUAAUUUUAUUUUUGACGAUCGACCAGCUGCGGGAAGAUACCGAGGAGAGAAAGGAGAGAGAGGACCAAAAGGACCUCCUGGGGAAGCUAUAAGAGGUCCUCCAGGACCUCCUGGACCGCCUGGACCAGCAGCUGUUGAGGGCAGUUGUUCAUGUAACGUAACAUCAAUUCUGAGCUCCAUGGGAAUCACUCUACCAUACUCCCCUGCUCUACCGGCCCUUCCUGGAAAGGAAGGAGUACCAGGAUUACCAGGAGAGCCUGGUAGACCUGGCGAGAAAGGAUCAGUGGGACCAAGAGGAGAUAAAGGCGAAAGAGGUGAGAAGGGUCCACCUGGACCACCAGGACUUCAAGGAUCUAAAGGAGAACCUGGAGAGGAUGGUAUUCCUGGCGCACCGGGUCCACCGGGACCGGCCGGUCCACCAGGUCCUGUGGAAUUUGAAAAUAUUGAUCCAAUACGAGUGAAGGAAGCUGUUAUGGGUGGAUCUAUGAUACGACCUGGAAUACCUGGAGCCAAAGGCGAGACUGGAAAACCAGGAAAUCCAGGUCCUAAAGGCGACAGAGGAUCUGUGGGCCCAAAGGGUAAUCCUGGACAAAAAGGAGAAGGUGGUGACAGAGGACUACCAGGCGAAAGAGGUCCUCAAGGUCCAAAAGGUGAAAAUGGGACUCCUGGCAUGGAUGGUAUUCCUGGUAAUCCAGGAUCUCCUGGAAAAGACGGUUCAAAAGGCGAACCUGGAGUUAGUGGUCCUCCCGGUUUACCAGGAAUAUCAAUUUCCAGUGAUGGAUUAACAGAUUUUGUGCCUGGACCACCAGGGAUAAAAGGAGAACCAGGAGAACAUGGACCGAAAGGUGAUCCAGGCCGAGAUGGCGAGCCGGGUUUACCUGGUCCAGCUGGAUUUCCUGGACCUAAAGGAGAUUCAGGAGUUGACGGUGCUCUGGGUCCGGUAGGACCACCAGGAUCUAAAGGAGAAAAAGGUGAAAGAGGUCCACCAGGCUCUGUCAUUAUGUCAAACGGAAAUGAACAAAUUCUAACAUUAAAGGGUGAAAAGGGCGACAUGGGCAGGAGAGGUCGACGCGGCCGACCUGGGCCUCAGGGUCCCCCAGGACCGGCAGGCAAAGGAGGGGAGAUAGGCCUUCCAGGAUGGAUGAACGGAAAGGGAAGACCAGGAGCUACAGGAAUACCUGGGCAACCUGGACCAAAGGGAGAAAAGGGAGAUUCUGGAUCUGGAAUGGCCCAGAAAGGAGACAAGGGUGACAAAGGAGAUCGUGGUUCAGAUGGUAUUCCAGGCAAAGAUGGAAUACCAGGACUGCCCGCUACAGGUUCAAACGACGAUGCAACACGGUACGUUCCUGUUCCUGGACCACCAGGUCCCCCCGGACCGCCUGGAAUACCUGGAUUAUCCAUAACUGGACCUAAAGGUGAACCUGGAGAAGCGAUUUACAAGGAAGCAGUGUAUAACUUGCGACCAGGACCAAAAGGAAGCCUGGAAGAGCUGCGGGCCGUGAAAGAGCUGAAGGAUCUAAAGGACUUUCGAGCAGGGCGUUCAACUGCCAGUCCGCCCCUGAUGGCCACCAGCGACUACUCCAGAGGAGCAGCCGUGCCGGGUGCGGUAACAUUCCGAACUAGAGAGGCGAUGACUCGGGUGUCGCAAGACAGCCCCGUGGGCACACUAGCUUACGUCAUGGAAGAAGAGGCUUUACUUGUUCGAGUUAACGGCGGUUGGCAGUAUAUUGCGCUUGGAUCGUUAUUACCGAUAAAUACACCUACCCCACCGACUACUAGUGCACCACAACAACAUCCACCAUUUGAAGCAAGCAAUCUCAUUAAUCAGCUGCCAAGUUCACCAAAAGGAGUAGUUCCAUUCGCCUCUAGGCUGCCUAAAAUGUUAAGAUUGGCAGCGCUAAACGAGCCGGCAACAGGUGAUGUUCAUGGUGUACGAGGAGCUGAUUACGCUUGUUAUAGAGAAGCCCACAGGGCAGGACUCAAGGGCACUUUCAGAGCAUUCCUGUCAUCAAGGACCCAAAAUGUCGACUCGAUAGUCCGACAAGCAGAUAGAAAACUGCCUGUCAGUAAUCUGAGAGGUGAAGUUUUGUUCAAUUCGUGGGCUGAGAUGUUCAGUGGAGAUGCUGCUCCAUUCCCACAUCCACCAAGAAUAUUUUCAUAUAGUGGUAAAAACGUAAUGACAGACCCGUCGUGGCCCAUCAAGUCCGUGUGGCACGGCGCCCUCGUGGACGGCACCAGGGCGCUGGACACGUCCUGCGACGCCUGGCAGACCUCGUCGUCGUCCAAGGUGGGUCUGGCGGGUAGCCUGAGGGGUCCCAGGCUGCUGGACCAGACGCCCGUGACGUGCGACAAGAAGCUGAUCGUUUUGUGCAUAGAGGCGACAAGCGAGGUGUUUGUGCAGAGGCGGAGAAGGGCAAUAACGGAUUGGACCGAAAACAGACUACUAACCCAGGAAGAAUACCAACACUUAAUCAAUUCAAUUAAUUAAACAACAAAACAAUUAUUUAAGACUAAAUCAUGCUCUUUAGAUUUUCUGGUCCAUCCAUCCAUGUUAUUUGUUACAUUACAUGACAUUACUGCCUAAGCAUAAGCAUAAUCGAGAAUAGAAUUAUUUUUAAGAUUUUAUACUUGUUUUCUAGUCUUAAAAGAAUAUUAUUAAUGAUAAAAAUAGGAUAGGUAAUACUCAUUUAUAAGUGUAAAAUAAAUGUCAGAAACAUUCAACUGUAACUACAUAUAAUGAAAAAAGCAUUGGGAUACUUUUAAUAACAAUAAUUUUCUACUGUUGCCAUAUACUCGUAUUGAUAAUUUUGUUUUAUUAUACAUACUUUAUAACUAUACUUUAAAAAACUAUUUUUUUUUAUAAAUAACAAAAAUCUGUGGUUUACCCCAAAUAACAAUUUAUCUACAAAUUCUUUUUUGGCGGAUUUAAUACUUUUUUUCAGUAUUUAAUAGGGGAAAGGAUCCUAAACCGUACCGCUUUGCACAAAAGUUAAAAAAAUUACCAAAAUUUUCGGACUGCCUUUGAAUCACUUCCACACAGAAAACUAUCACUUUUUCAAGAGCCUUGCAUGUUAUACGAACAGGUUGCCGAAGUCGUACGUACCAGGCAGCUCCAUUUUAAUAAAUUUGUGGGAAUUCGAAAAAGAGCUGCUCGGUUCUUGCUGCAAUCCCACAGCAAGGCAGCUUCAACUAACGUCGCCUUUUAUGUACUGUUAUAUUGAGAGAACUGAUUGUAGCGGGAAACGAUCGGCCUAUCUUUCAUUAAAAAUCUCAUUUUCGAAAAAAAGUGGAGCUGCCUGGUUAUUGCAGCCACCCCUUCAAUUGCUCUAAAUGUCGUCACCUCUCUACCUAUAAUAUCGUCCCAAUUUUCGUCAUAUCUUCUUAUUCGUCUUUAUAUGUCUCAUUUCACACAAAAACCAUUGUUUUUUACAAGUUUAUUUAGGAAUUGCGACACAUUGCAAAAAAAAUAAAACAUAAACUAUUAAAUAAUUAAAAAAAUAAGCAUACAAAAUAAAAUAUUAUUUAAGAAUAUCUCCGAUAUAAGCUCAAAAAUAAUGCAGAUAUUAGCAUUUUUAAAAUCAUAAUUAUUUUACAGAAAGCCUAUAUAGGUAUAUAGCUUACAUGGCUAAUGGCCUAAAUUCCGUCGCAGAUAUCCAGUUCUCGUCAUCCAUUUUUAAUUGUUAAUUUAGGUAGAGUUAAUGAUAAAAGUGGGUGACGAAAAUUGGGUACUUCAUAUAGCCCAUCUUCAUACUAUCAUUUAUGGGAAAAAUAUUUAUGGGAAAAAUAUACAGAAAACUGAAUUGUAUACUGAUUAAAAUAACUCUGCCUAUAAUGACCCAAUAUUCAUCAAUGAUGACGAUAAUACAGCACGCUCCGUUGCGACAUAUUUUUUAUAUAAAUACAUAUAAAAUCACUUAUUGCCAUAAGUAAUCUAAAUGUUAGAGUACAGAUCCAAAGAAUCUUUGAUAUAUGUAUUAUUUCUGCAAGCACUGGUGCUACUUGAAAAGGUUCUUAAGUAUUACUCGAAGUUUUAUUAGGCUUACUAAAUAUACCACAAGUUUUCUGGUUGGUUGGUUAUCAGUUAUAAGCAAUAUUUUCAAGAUAUACAAAGUUGUAGCCUUCGAGGAAACGAUUCCUGGUCCUAUAAAAAGCCAUACAGCGGUAUAGAAAAUAUAGAAUAAUUUCCCCUUUUUUAGGGUCUUUGCCACUUGCUCCUGGCAUGCUCACCAAGUGUCUCGUAUAUUCCACCGCUCGCCUAGCGAUAUACUUACUCAACUUUUAGGUGUCUAGCAGAAGCAGUUAUAAACUAGAUAUUGAUGAGGUACGAUUUAGGAGCUGGUACAGUUUAGGCGAAACCAUGGCGAAACGUUCCCCUAUAAUUAUCUUUGUAGAUAAUAAUGUUUUUUGUUUUUUGGUACAUGGUAAUACAGAUUAAGAUGCCCUGAAUUUUUGAACCUAAAACAUAAUUUUUGUUAAAUCUCCUUAUGCUUAAGUAGAACAGAUUAUAAUAAGACAUAAGAUAAUAAUUUUUAAUUCUAUGUAAGUAGCAUGAUAAGCAUCGGUGUCAAGAUAAUAACUUGUAACUGUCUGUAACCAAAUAGUUGUAAAUAUAAACAAAUCGUUAUGAGUUAUAUUUUUUAUUUUUAUAAAUUAAUUUUGUUCUUAGGAAAGGAUAUUUAAUUUAGAAGAAUAAAGAAAUAUUUAGAUAAAAACGUAAUUCCUAUACCAUUAAAAUUUAAAGAAUACUUUUUUAACACUAAAUUUUUGAAUAACUUCUAUGUAAAUAUGGUGUAAUAUUUUAAAAAUUUCGCAUAUCCUAAAAAUGAUAUCACAUCUUGAUAUAUCAAUUUCAAUUAUAUCGGUCAAUGCUCGUACAUUUCUUUCCUACAUAUCUUUAACAUGUGUAAAUAUAAAUUUAAAUAAUUAAGGCUAAUUACAUUACAGAUAUCUUUUCUUAAGACCACAUCAGAUUAGGAAGUGAGAAUUUUGUAUAAAUUAAUUAUUACAAGUGUAACCUGUAUUUUUUUAUGUCAUAAUAUUACAUUUUCUUAGUUUAGUACAAUUAUAUACAGGGUGAUUCACGCGGCCAUGGUACUUUAGAUAUUUAUGGAGAACCGGUGAUUUUUUUGAAAAUUUGGAUUUUUGAAUAAAGGCACCUGCUCCAUAUUUGUAUCAAUUAUUUUCAGCGUUACACUGUUGCUACUUCAUACUAAAAGUGGCAGCAUUUUUGUUAUUUUAAAUGGAACAUCUGGUAGACAUUAUGGUAUAAUAUUAACAACCAUGACAUGAGUUUUUUGCUACAUAUUUCUAAAAUUGUCAACUUAACCAAAUUCUUGAAAUGAAACUGUAAUAAUAGAAUUAUUUUUUUUUA